GGUCCCUCGGUGGAGCGGGCCGGACCGGGCGUUCCCUUUGGAGCCAAUCAGAAAGGCGAGAGACCGAAUUGGCCGCUGCGCCUCCUCCCGAGGCAUGCUGGGAGCCUGGAGGACUAGCGAGGAGGAGUUGAGAGAACGGAGCGGACGCCAUGGCGACCAACAUCGAGCAGAUUUUUAGGUCUUUCGUGGUCAGCAAAUUCCGGGAAAUUCAACAGGAGCUUUCCAGUGGAAGGAAUGAAGGCCAGCUAAAUGGUGAAACAAAUACACCCAUUGAAGGAAACCAGGCGGGUGAUGCAGCUGCCUCUGCCAGGAGUCUACCAAAUGAAGAAAUAGUGCAGAAGAUAGAGGAAGUACUUUCUGGGGUCUUAGAUACAGAACUACGAUAUAAGCCAGACUUGAAAGAGGCCUCCAGAAAAAGUAGAUGUGUAUCUGUACAAACAGACCCUACUGAUGAAAUUCCCACUAAAAAGUCAAAGAAGCAUAAAAAGCAUAAAAACAAAAAGAAGAAAAAGAAGAAAGAAAAGGAAAAAAAAUAUAAAAGACAGCCAGAAGAAUCUGAGUCAAAGACGAAAUCUCAUCAUGAUGGGAACAUAGAUUUAGAAUCUGAUUCCUUUUUAAAGUUUGAUUCUGAACCUUCAGCUAUGGCGCUGGAGCUUCCUACAAGAGCAUUUGGCCUGUCUGAGACCAAUGAAUCCCCUGCAGUUGUGCUAGAACCUCCUGUAGUAUCAGUGGAGGUACCAGAGCCACACAUCUUAGAAACUCUGAAGCCAGCUACAAAAACUGCAGAACUGUCAGUUGCAUCUACAUCAGUAAUCUCAGAGCAGUCAGAGCAGUCUGUGGCAGUAACGCCAGAACCAUCCAUGACAAAGAUUCUGGAUUCCUUUGCAGCAGCACCAGUGCCUACUACAACAGUGGUGUUGAAGUCAUCUGAGCCAGUCGUAACAAUGUCAGUGGAGUAUCAGAUGAAGUCUGUGCUGAAAUCUGUGGAGAGCACAUCUCCAGAGCCAUCCAAGAUCAUGUUGGUAGAGCCCCCAGUAGCAAAAGUGUUAGAGCCUUCAGAAACCCUUGUGGUAUCAUCAGAGACACCUACUGAGGUGUACCCUGAGCCAAGCACAUCAACAACAAUGGAUUUUCCAGAGUCAUCUGCAAUUGAAGCGCUAAGAUUGCCAGAGCAGCCUGUAGACGUACCAUCGGAGAUUGCAGAUUCAUCCAUGACAAGACCGCAGGAGUUGCCGGAGCUGCCUAAGACCACAGCGUUGGAGCUGCAGGAGUCGUCGGUGGCCUCAGCGAUGGAGUUGCCGGGGCCACCUGCGACCUCCAUGCCGGAGUUGCAGGGGCCCCCUGUGACUCCAGUGCCGGAGUUACCUGGGCCCUCUGCUACCCCGGUGCCAGAGUUGCCAGGGCCCCUUUCUACCCCAGUGCCUGAGUUGCCAGGGCCCCCUGCGACAGCAGUGCCUGAGUUGCCAGGGCCCUCUGUGACACCAGUGCCACAGUUGUCGCAGGAAUUGCCAGGGCUUCCAGCACCAUCCAUGGGGUUGGAGCCACCACAGGAGGUACCAGAGCCACCUGUGAUGGCACAGGAGUUGCCAGGGCUGCCUUUGGUGACAGCAGCAGUAGAGUUGCCAGAGCAGCCUGCGGUAACAGUAGCAAUGGAGUUGACCGAACAACCUGUGACGACGACAGAGUUGGAGCAGCCUGUGGGGAUGACAACGGUGGAACAUCCUGGGCAUCCUGAGGUGACAACGGCAACAGGGUUGCUGGGGCAGCCUGAGGCAACGAUGGUGCUGGAGUUGCCAGGACAGCCAGUGGCAACAACAGCGCUGGAGUUGCCGGGGCAGCCUUCGGUGACUGGGGUGCCAGAGUUGCCAGGGCUGCCUUCGGCAACUAGGGCACUGGAGUUGUCGGGGCAGCCUGUGGCAACUGGGGCACUAGAGUUGCCUGGGCCGCUCAUGGCAGCUGGGGCACUGGAGUUCUCGGGGCAGUCUGGGGCAGCUGGAGCACUGGAGCUUUUGGGGCAGCCUCUGGCAACAGGGGUGCUGGAGUUGCCAGGGCAGCCUGGGGCGCCAGAGUUGCCUGGGCAGCCUGUGGCAACUGUGGCGCUGGAGAUCUCUGUUCAGUCUGUGGUGACAACAUCGGAGCUGUCAACGAUGACCGUGUCGCAGUCCCUGGAGGUGCCCUCGACGACAGCGCUGGAAUCCUAUAAUACGGUAGCACAGGAGCUGCCUACUACAUUAGUGGGGGAGACUUCUGUAACAGUAGGAGUGGAUCCCUUGAUGGCCCCAGAAUCCCAUAUAUUAGCUUCUAACACCAUGGAGACCCAUAUAUUAGCAUCCAACACCAUGGACUCCCAAAUGCUAGCAUCCAACACCAUGGACUCCCAGAUGCUAGCAUCCAACACCAUGGACUCCCAGAUGUUAGCGUCUAGCACCAUGGACUCCCAGAUGUUAGCAACUAGUACCAUGGACUCCCAGAUGUUAGCAACUAGCUCCAUGGACUCCCAGAUGUUAGCAACUAGCACUAUGGACUCCCAGAUGUUAGCAACCAGUUCCAUGGACUCCCAGAUGUUAGCAACCAGCUCCAUGGACUCCCAGAUGUUAGCAACUAGUACCAUGGACUCCCAGAUGUUAGCAACCAGCUCCAUGGACUCCCAGAUGUUAGCAACCAGCUCCAUGGACUCCCAGAUGUUAGCAACCAGCUCCAUGGACUCCCAGAUGUUAGCAACCAGCACCAUGGAUUCUCAGAUGUUAGCAACCAGCACCAUGGACUCCCAGAUGUUAGCAACUAGCUCAAUGGAUUCCCAGAUGUUAGCAUCUGGCACUAUGGACUCUCAAAUGUUAGCUUCUGGCACCAUGGAUGCUCAGAUGUUAGCGUCUGGUACCAUGGAUGCCCAGAUGUUAGCGUCUAGUACCCAAGAUUCUGCUAUGUUGGGUUCAAAAUCUCCUGAUCCCUAUAGGUUAGCUCAGGAUCCUUACAGGUUAGCUCAGGAUCCCUAUAGGUUGGGCCAUGACCCCUAUAGAUUAGGUCAUGAUGCUUACAGGUUAGGACAGGACCCUUAUAGAUUAGGCCAUGAUCCCUACAGACUAACUCCUGAUCCCUAUAGGAUGUCACCUAGACCCUAUAGGAUAGCACCCAGGUCCUAUAGAAUAGCACCCAGGCCAUAUAGGUUAGCACCUAGACCCCUGAUGUUAGCAUCUAGACGUUCUAUGAUGAUGUCCUAUGCUGCAGAACGUUCCAUGAUGUCAUCUUACGAACGCUCUAUGAUGUCUUAUGAGCGGUCUAUGAUGUCCCCUAUGGCUGAGCGCUCUAUGAUGUCAGCCUAUGAGCGCUCUAUGAUGUCAGCCUAUGAGCGCUCUAUGAUGUCCCCUAUGGCUGAGCGCUCUAUGAUGUCAGCUUAUGAACGCUCUAUGAUGUCAGCUUAUGAACGCUCCAUGAUGUCCCCAAUGGCUGAUCGAUCUAUGAUGUCCAUGGGUGCCGACCGGUCUAUGAUGUCGUCAUACUCUGCUGCUGACCGGUCUAUGAUGUCAUCGUACUCUGCAGCUGACCGAUCUAUGAUGUCAUCUUAUACUGCUGAUCGUUCAAUGAUGUCUAUGGCUGCUGAUUCUUACACCGAUUCUUACACUGACACAUAUACAGAGGCAUAUAUGGUGCCACCUUUGCCUCCUGAAGAGCCCCCAACAAUGCCACCGUUGCCACCUGAGGAGCCACCAAUGACACCACCGUUGCCUCCUGAGGAACCACCAGAGGGUCCAGCAUUGCCCACUGAGCAGUCAGCAUUAACAGCUGAAAAUACGUGGCCUGCAGAGGUGCCAUCGUUACCUUCUGAAGAGUCUGUAUCGCAGCCUGAGCCUCCUGUGAGUCAAAGUGAGAUUUCAGAGCCUUCAGCAGUGCCUACUGAUUAUUCAAUGUCAGCAUCAGAUCCCUCAGUUUUAGUAUCAGAGGCUACUGUGACUGUUCCAGAACCACCGCCAGAGCCAGAAUCUUCAAUUACAUCAACACCUGUAGAAUCUGCGGUAGUAGCAGAAGAACAUGAAGUUGUUCCAGAGAGACCAGUGACUUGUAUGGUACCUGAAACUCCCACAAUGUCAGCUGAACCAACUGUGCUAGCAUCAGAGCCUCCUGUUUUGUCAGAGACAGCAGAAACAUUUGAAUCCAUGAGAGCCUCAGGACAUGUUGCCUCAGAGGUAUCUACAUCCUUGUUGGAGCCAGCAGUAACUAGUCCAGUGCUGGCAGAGAGCAUUCUGGAGCCUCCAGCCAUGGCUGUCCCAGAGUCUUCGGCUGUGGCUGUCCUGGAGUCUUCGGCUGUGACCGUCCUGGAGUCUUCAACUGUGACCGUCCUGGAGUCUUCGACUGUGACUGUCCUGGAGCCUUCGGUUGUGACUGUCCCGGAGCCUCCUGUUGUGGCUGAGCCAGACUAUAUUACCAUUCCUGUGCCAGUUGUUUCUGCGCUGGAGCCUUCUGUGCCUGUCUUGGAACCAGCGGUGUCAGUCCUUCAACCUUCUAUGAUUGUUUCAGAACCAUCUGUUUCUGUCCAGGAGUCUACUGUGACAGUUUCAGAGCCUGCUGUCACUGUCUCAGAGCAGACUCAAGUAAUACCAACUGAGGUGGCUAUAGAGUCCACACCAAUGAUACUGGAAUCUAGUAUCAUGUCAUCACAUGUUAUGAAAGGAAUUAAUCUACCCUCUGGUGAUCAAAAUCUUGCUCCAGAGAUUGGCAUGCAGGAGAUUCCUUUGCAUUCAGGUGAAGAGCCACAUGCUGAGGUACACCUGAAAAGUGACUCUUAUGAAAGUGAACAUGGUAUAAAUAUAGACCUUAAUAUAAAUAAUCAUUUAAUUGCUAAAGAAAUGGAACAUAAUACAGUGUGUGCUGCUAGUACUAGUCCUGUUGGGGAAAUUGGUGAAGAGAAAAUUUUGCCCACCAGUGAGACUAAACAGUGCACAGUAUUGGUUACCUACCCUGGUGUUAGUGAAGCUGAUGCAGGAGAAACUCUGUCUUCUACUGGUCCUCUUGCUCUGGAACCUGAUGCAACAGGAACUAGUAAGGGUAUUGAAUUUAUCACAACAUCUACUCUCAGUUCAGUUAAUAAAUAUGAUAUUGAUGUAUCUUUAACUACUCAAGAUACUGAACAUGACAUGGUAAUUUCCACCAGUCCUAGUGGUGGUAGUGAAGCUGACAUUGAAGGGCCUUUGCCUGCUAAAGAUAUUCAUCUUGAUUUACCAUCUAAUAAUAACCUUGUUAGUAAGGAUACAGAAGAACCAUUACCUGUAAAAGAGAGUGACCAGACGUUAGCAGCUCUGCUCAGCCCUAAAGAAAGUAGUGGAGGAGAAAAAGAAGUACCUCCCCCUCCUAAAGAGACACUGUCUGAUUCAGGAUUUUCUGCCAAUAUUGAGGAUAUUAAUGAAGCAGAUUUAGUGAGACCGUUACUUCCUAAGGACAUGGAACGUCUUACAAGCCUUAGAGCUGGCAUUGAAGGACCUUUACUUGCAAGUGAUGUUGGACGUGACAAAUCUGCUGCCAGCCCGGUUGUAAGUAGUAUGCCAGAAAGAGCUUCAGAGUCGUCUUCAGAGGAAAAAGAUGAUUAUGAAAUUUUUGUAAAAGUUAAGGACACUCAUGAAAAAAGCAAGAAAAAUAAGAACCGUGAUAAGGGUGAGAAAGAGAAGAAAAGAGACUCUUCAUUAAGAUCUCGAAGUAAGCGUUCCAAGUCUUCUGAACACAAAUCACGCAAGCGUACCAGUGAAUCUCGUUCUCGGGCAAGGAAGAGAUCAUCUAAGUCCAAGUCUCAUCGCUCUCAAACACGUUCACGGUCACGUUCAAGACGCAGGAGGAGGAGCAGCAGAUCAAGAUCAAAGUCUAGAGGAAGACGAUCUGUAUCAAAAGAGAAGCGCAAAAGAUCUCCAAAGCACAGAUCCAAGUCUAGGGAAAGGAAAAGAAAAAGAUCAAGCUCCAGGGAUAACCGAAAGACAGUUAGAGCUCGAAGUCGAACCCCAAGUCGCCGGAGUCGGAGUCAUACUCCAAGUCGUCGACGAAGGUCUAGAUCUGUGGGUAGGAGAAGGAGCUUUAGCAUUUCCCCAAGCCGCCGGAGCCGCACCCCAAGCCGCCGCAGCCGUACCCCCAGCCGCCGGAGCCGCACCCCCAGCCGUCGGAGCCGUACCCCCAGCCGCCGGAGCCGCACCCCUAGUCGUCGGAGCCGCACCCCAAGCCGCCGGAGAAGAUCGAGGUCUGUGGUAAGAAGACGAAGCUUCAGUAUCUCACCAGUCAGAUUAAGGCGAUCAAGAACACCCUUGAGAAGAAGGUUUAGCAGAUCUCCCAUCCGUCGUAAAAGAUCCAGGUCUUCUGAACGAGGCAGAUCACCCAAACGUCUGACAGAUUUGGAUAAGGCUCAAUUACUUGAAAUAGCCAAAGCUAAUGCAGCUGCCAUGUGUGCUAAGGCUGGUGUCCCUUUACCGCCAAACCUAAAGCCUGCACCUCCACCUACUAUAGAAGAGAAAGUUGCUAAAAAGUCAGGAGGAGCUACUAUAGAAGAACUAACUGAGAAAUGUAAACAGAUCGCACAGAGUAAAGAAGAUGAUGAUGUAAUAGUGAAUAAACCUCAUGUUUCGGAUGAAGAGGAAGAAGAACCUCCUUUUUAUCAUCAUCCCUUUAAACUCAGUGAACCCAAACCUAUUUUUUUCAAUCUGAAUAUUGCUGCAGCAAAACCAACUCCACCAAAAAGCCAGGUAACAUUAACAAAAGAAUUCCCUGUAUCAUCUGGAUCUCAACAUCGGAAAAAAGAAGCGGAUAGUGUUUAUGGAGAAUGGGUUCCUGUAGAGAAAAAUGGUGAAGAAAACAAAGAUGACGAUAAUGUUUUCAGCAGCAAUUUGCCCUCAGAGCCUGUGGACAUCUCUACAGCAAUGAGUGAACGAGCACUUGCUCAGAAAAGACUCAGUGAGAAUGCAUUUGACCUUGAAGCCAUGAGCAUGUUAAAUAGAGCUCAGGAAAGGAUUGAUGCCUGGGCUCAGCUGAACUCUAUUCCUGGCCAGUUCACAGGAAGUACAGGAGUACAGGUUUUGACACAAGAACAGUUGGCCAAUACUGGUGCCCAAGCCUGGAUUAAAAAGGAUCAGUUCUUAAGAGCAGCCCCGGUAACUGGAGGAAUGGGAGCCGUUUUGAUGAGAAAAAUGGGCUGGAGAGAAGGAGAAGGAUUAGGAAAAAACAAAGAAGGCAAUAAGGAACCCAUUCUAGUUGAUUUUAAGACAGACCGAAAAGGUCUUGUUGCAGUAGGAGAAAGAGCACAAAAGAGGUCUGGGAACUUCUCUGCUGCAAUGAAAGAUCUGUCAGGCAAACAUCCUGUGUCUGCUUUGAUGGAAAUCUGUAAUAAGAGAAGGUGGCAACCACCUGAAUUUCUGUUGGUCCAUGAUAGUGGCCCUGAUCAUCGCAAACAUUUUCUCUUUAGGGUAUUGAUAAAUGGAAGCGCUUACCAGCCCAGCUUUGCCAGCCCUAAUAAGAAGCAUGCUAAAGCCACAGCAGCUACUGUGGUUCUUCAAGCAAUGGGCCUUGUACCAAAGGACCUCAUGGCUAAUGCCACUUGCUUCAGGAGUGCCUCACGUAGAUAGAUUGAGGUUUUAUAAUAAUCAUUUCAGAUAAUUUUACUCUGCAUCACAAUGUAUUUCCUCUUUAAUGUUGUAAAUAUUUGGCAAUUUAAGACAUUGUGUAAAAAGCAAUCUGUAAAAACAUCUCCAGGCUUUGAUUUUUGUACCAUGGAAAUUGUAUUUAACCAUACAGGGUUUUGGUAUGUUUAUAUUGUUUACCUUAGUGAUGUAUUUGUUUAAGUGGCUAACAUCCAAAUGAUUGUUUGAAGGCAUCAGAGUAAUCUUCAGUGUGGAAUGUUAAAUAACGCUUUUAUACUGUAUUUUGUACUAUGAUGUAACUCCCCUUCCUUAUGGCUAGGCUACUGUAACACUUGCCUGUAAUCAGUGAAGGGCUGUGCACCUUGUACUAUUUCACAAUGGGUUCUGCUGGACAGAUACUGGGCCAGUGUUAUUGAGGUGAUCAAGAUCUGUUCCACAGGGCUAUUGCCACCAUCUCCCCUCAAAAUUUUGUAGAGGUUCUAAAAAGAAAGUGGUAUGUUGUGUGAUGAUCAGCACUAAGUCCUGCAUUCCUGUUAAAGCCACUUGGGUCAUAAGAAGGGAGUAAAAAUGAAGUCUGACUAGAAUUCUACUAUUGCAGAGGCCAAGUACAUUUAGUAUGGCAUUGAGUUGUGAUAUAGUUUUACUUUGAUGUGCAUUUUGAAUUUCAGCUACACCUAGAUAGACGUAAAAUGAUAAUUAAAAUGCUGUAACCAACUUAUCUAAUAAAAUUGGCAACCAGCCACUAUUUUGUUGACUAUGA